AUGGCCCUGGGGAAGCAGAAAGCCACGGAUUCCUCUCCUUAUUGCUCCCCUCCGCUCCGCUUCGCAGGGCAGCCGCGCCGGGUUUUGUCCCCGGGCGCUGUCCGUGUGAACGGUGAGCUCAGCCCGCGCCUCCGCCCGUCCCGGAUCCCUGGACCCCGAGGGGCGCGGGAGACAGGCAGCGGGGAAAGAGGUCUCCUGUCCUUAAGCGGCGCGAAGCCGCGUCUACACGGCGCCCCUUUAAUCCGGUUUCAAACCGGUUUCCUGAAAAGAAACCAAACUCCAGAUGCGGGGCGAUGAGAAAGGCAGGAAGUAAAGAAACUAUAAAUGAAAACAAAAGCCCCCUGCUUUGAAGGUUUAUCCCCCGCUGACUCUUUCUUCUCUGCAAAACUGGUCUCUGCUCCAGGCGCUUCUGCUCCGAUCCCUUUGCAAAGCUCGCCGCGUCCAUCGCCUCGCAAGGAACCCUGGGAGUUGUAGUCCCGGAGGCCGCGCGGAGAAUGGCCGCGCCGGGCCUGCCGCCCUACAACUCCCAGGGUUCCGCGGGAGGGGAAGCGAGUGGGUGGCUAACCGGUUUAAGUUAGCAAUGCAGACGUUCCUCCCAAAGACUCGGGGAUUAGAGAAGCUGGACUCCGCUGGAGCAGCUCCGACAGAUUUGCAGACUUAGUAGUAUUAUUUUUAUAUUUAUAUUUAUAUUUAUAUUUAUAUUUAUAUUUAUAUUAUUGAUUUUUCCUCCCGCUUUCCUGCACAAGAAAGGAUCUUUUAGCCUGCGGGCGGGGGAAGAAGAGAGGGGUGCACUUUGCACAUGCUCAGAGGCAUUCUCUUAAACGAUUUCCGCCUUCCCCCGCCCCCAGCCCUGGGUGGGUGUGGGAGGGGGCGGGCUGGUGGGUGGGCGAUCCUUGCAGGAAAGGGUAGCGGGGCGCGCUUUGCACAUGCUCAGAAGGAGCCUGGCCUUCCCUGUUGCAUCACCCUCCGCCUGCCGGAGGGACUUCUCGGCGCCUUCAGACGAGCUUGGCUGCGCUUCGCCAUCCGUUUCCGUAGGUUGGGGUGCGGGGGGAAAGAGAAGACUUUUUGCACAUGCUCUACAGCAUUUUUUAAUAAUAGUAAUAAUAAUAGUAAUAAUAAUAAUAGUAAUAAUAAUAAUAAACUCCUUCCGCCUCCGGCCGCAGCCACCUUUUCUUUUCCCUGAAAUAUUUUUUUUUGGGGGGGGGGGAGUUGAAGUUAGGUUUUGCUUGCUUCCCGGGGAGAGCUGGGUGGUGCUACGAUUUGCACUCUGCACGUGCUCAGGGGCUCGGCGCAGCAGCACGUGGGGCCUAGCGCUCUCGACCGAAGCGAUUGCUCCUCCUGAUUUUUCUCCUGAUGCGGAAGGAGAUCGAGAAGCAAAUGUUCUACGAUGGAGCCUUGGUAGCGCUGCAAACUUGAACUUACGACUUUUCUGCGCCCCCAGAGAGAGAGAACCGGGUUGCUUGCUUGCUUUUUCUCUCCCACCGCACCCCGCUUUCCCUUUCAACCAUUUUUUAAAAAAAAUUAAAACUCCCUUUUCUUUUCUUUUCCUCCCCUCCCCUCUCCCCCACUAAAAGCAGAAAAUUUCCGCAAUCACCCCAGCUUUACCAUGGACGCCGGAGUUGAAAAGGGUGCAGAAGAGAAAAUUCAGGUAGGAAUUAUCAGGGAGGAAAGGGGAGCAGGCAAAGGUCCACAUUCAACAAAGAUAAUUUCCUUUUAAAAAAUUUAAAAAGCUGUAUUAAUUGGUCUGGAUUAGAGCGUUGCUUUUGAAUGGAGGAGUUUGCAGGUUCAAACCACAGCUGCAUGGGUGUAGCCAAGGCGAGGCGGGGGAGCACCUGCCCCCCCCCAAAAAUCAAUCUUUAAAAAAUCAAUACAAACCUGAGGUUCUGCUCCCACAUUUUAUGGGGAAGGAAGGAAAAUUAGUGGCAGAGAACCUGCUUUUUUUGCAGAAGGGCCCAGGUCCAAACACCAGUGGCAUUUCCAGGUAGAAUCAUAGAGUUGGAAGGGACCCUGGGGGUCAUCUAGUCCAACCCCCUGAAAUGCAGGAAUCUUUUGCCCAACGUGGAACUCGAACUCACAACCCUGAGAUAAGAGCCUCCUGCUGAGCUAUCCCAACUGGUAGGGCUGGGGAAGGGGGGGGGCGGUCUCCUGCCUGACACUCUGGAAAGCUGCUGCCAGUCUGUGUUGACAUUACUGAGGUAGAUGGACCAAGGGUCUGAUUCAAUACAUGGCAGCUCCCUUUGUUCCUAAAUAUCUGAGGACAGGCUGUAGCUCAAUGGGAGAAUGCGUGCUUUGUCCCAGGUUCAAUCCCCGAAAUCUCUUAAGUUUUUUUUUUUUUUUAGUUUUUUUUAAAGAGCAUCUGAUUGGCUGCCGUGAGAAAAGGGUGUUGAACUUUAUCCAAUAGCUGAGCUUUCUUAUGUUCUAAAACAGUGGUUCUUCAAACUUUUUUCUCCAGGCCACACUUUCAGAAUAAAAAAUGUGCUCAGACCACACCAGUUUUUUAUUUGAUAAGAAAUACUUUGGAAAGCAAAAGGAAACAACACCUUGCAGCGCUUCAUUUAUAACGUCAAACAAAACUACAGUGGUACUUCAGGUUAAGUACUUAAUUUGUUCCGGAGGUCCGUUCUUAACCUGAAACUGUUCUUAACCUGAAGCACCAGUUUAGCUAAUGGGGCCUCCUGCUGCCACCGUGCCGCCGAAGCACAAUUUCUGUUCUCAUCCUGAAGCAAAGUUCUUAACCCGAGGUAAUAUUUGUGGGUUAGCGGAGUCUGUAACCUGGAGCGUAUGUAACCUGAGGUACCACUGUACUUUAUAAUGUAAUCGUGCGAUACUUAGAAAGUGUAAAACAAUGCAUCCACAUAGCAACAUGAAUUAUAAACGAGCCUCGUACCUUAAGUAUGUAUAGACUCAAUGAGUCGUGAGCUUGCAGCAUCACUCGAUGCUGUUGCUCGCAUUUUGAAAAAAAAUAUCUGGACAUACUCUGCAAAUAAAUAAAAUCAUUUUGAUGCUAUACUACGUUGAAAUGUUUAAAUAUUUCUUGGUGGUUCACAAACUGCACCUGGUUCAGAGCCUGGCAGCCAGUUUGCAAGUUGGUCUGGGCACACAAUGGCAAUCCUGGCCCAACUGCAGUGGCUACCAGUUAGUUUCAAAGUGCUGGUUUUGACCCAUAAAGCCUUAUGUGGAUCAGGAACCCAUUACCUCGACCGGGACAUUUGCAGGGAAACCAAAAUGCUUGUUUACAAAGCUAUUGUACUACCAACCUUACUGUACGCUUGUGAAACACGGACCACUUACAAACGCCAUCUCCAACUCCUCGAAAGAUUCCAUCAACGGUGUCUCUGAAAUUUUUUUGCACAUGACUUGGGAAGACAGGUGAACUAAUGCCAGUGUACUGGAAGAAGCAAAGAUCGCCAGUGUCAAAGCAAUGAUUCUUCAACAUCAACUUCAUUGGACUGGUCAUGUUGUGCGGAUGCCUGAUGAUCGUCUUCUAAAGCAACUACUCUAUUCCGAACUUAAAAAUGGAAAGCGUAAUGCUGGUGGCCAACAAAAGAGGUUCAAAGACUCUCUCAAGACAAGUCUUUAAAAAUGUAGUAUAAACACUGAUAACUGGGAAACACUGGCCUGCAAGCGCUCCAGUUGGAGAACAGCCUUUACCAAAAGUGUCAUGGACUUUGAAGACGCUCAAACUCAGAACAAAAGGGAGAAACGUGCUAAAAGGAAGGCACGCUUGGCAAAUCCACACCAUGAUCAACUCCCGCCUUGAAACCUUUGUCCCCACUGUGGAAGGAUGUGUGGAUCCAGAAUUGGCCUCCACAGUCACUUACAGAUUCACUGUUAAAGCCUUAUUCAUGGAAGACAAUCUUAAUUGGCUACGAGUGAUCGCCAAAGAAGAAGAAGAAGAGAAGACCAUGAGGACUACCUCUCUCCAUUUGAACCUCCUGCAAACCCUGCGAUCAUCCAUGUGAGAAAUCUGCAGGAUGGAAACAUGAGAAACAGGCCUUUUCAGUGGUGGCUCCCAGUUUGGGGAAUCCUCUCCCCAGGGACUCUCGCCUGCAGCGCUCUUUGUCGAGUUUUAAAAAAAUUUCUGACCCUAAGUCUGAAAGGUUUUUAAGUAUUUGUGGCUUGUCUAGGGCAGGGUCUGCUAGGCCCUGUGGUUAUUUGUACGGAAGGUGUGUGUUCGUUUUUUAUUGACUGUGUUUAUUGUAAUUGUUUCUGAUAUUUCUUUUCGUGUGUCUGUAAGUUGCUUUGAGCUGUUUUUAUGAGUGAAGCGAUUAGUAAGUAUUAAUAAUGCCUGAGGAAGUACCAUCCACCUUGGGCCCAUAAAAAGCAAGUUGAGACUUUUGUGGGUAAGCUGAGAGCCUUUUUGGACCCUGGGAGAUAACCUGGUGUGUCAGAUGGAAAAUGAAUUGAGAUAUAUAUAGUAACUUUGUAUUAAGGUAACUUUUUUAUAUGUAACUAUAUUUUGCACUAUUUUAUUUAAGUUGUUGUUUCAGUUUUCUGUAUACCACUUAGAGAUAUUUUUAAUAUAUUAAGUGGUAUAGAACUUAAAUGAUGAUAAUAAUAUUUUUAAAUGCAGCAAGUGUUGGGCCUUAUCCCAAUGAAGUACAAUUAAAUUUAUUAAAACAGGAAUAAAAUAAAUGUUUCUAUUUUUGUAAUGUCCUUUGGACCUGCGUCCCAGACCAGUACAUCACUACUCCCUGUUCCUUAUCUUGAAACAAUGUGUUUAACGUCUCCUGUUAUAAAAAUAAAACUUUGAAUUGGUCCAACUUAAUCAGUCUUCUAGAUUAGUCAAACAAGUUGUGUUCACAGCAAAUGCUGUUUUUAGCACUGAUGCUUUUAGUAUGCCCAGAUGCGAGCCAAGCACAUUCUUGGUUUUGGUAAUAUGUCUUACGUAACUUCUAUCCGGAUACACCUUUUAAAAACAACCGUUGUUUGCUGUUUGAUAUAGUUUUAUUAGAUGUUGCUGAAAUUGUUUUGCUUUAAUGAUAGUAAGCUAAGUUGAAUCAAAAUUGUUGCAGAAGUUGCAAUGCAUGUAUUUUGGGCAUACGAUUUAUCAAAUCCUUUCAUGUGGUUGGAUAUCUGUGGAAUGUAAUCUUGCUUUUCUUUGAUAAUGGUGGGGGGUGGGGGUGGGGAGUCUCCUUCCAAAGAAAAAAAUGGCUACAAAUAUCCCUUCGUUUGAGCAUCUCUCAUCCCUUUUCCUUGUACAAUUCUAGCUUUGCUGAUUCUGGUAAUUAUGAUUUAAUUUCUCAACUCUGCUUCAAAUCAAUAUUUUAGAUUUGUAGUAAUAUUCAUAACAAUACUUUUAUUUUUGUACGGCUUUUAUGCCAUUAGCCUCAUUUAUCUUCUUUUCUGUAGUGCUUAAGUUCUGAAAUGGUCAAAACGGCAUGGUGGUUGUGGGGAGAGAAUGGGUGAGGACAGAAUGGUCCCUGAGCUUUUUGGAGGAAGGAAGGGAUAACUCAGCUUCCUCCCACCCCAGUUUAUUAUUUUCUUUAUAAAAAAUAUUUAUAUACCAUUGUAUCAUAAAAACACACCACUGCAGCUUACAGCAUUACAAAAAUAAAAAACGGAGUAAAAUAAUAAAAAUAAACAUCAAUAGACAGAUGGCUACAUGGCAUGCAAAAUAGUGUUUGAUAUUGAACACGGACUCUGGGGGGUUGGUCUUGUUUUUUUUUUAAUUAUUAUUAAUUGAAUUUAUAUACCGCCCUAUACCCAGAGGUCUCAGGAUUGUUCACAUAAAAGAUAUAUAUGAGCAUACAGACAGUAAGGGUGGUAGUAGGAUGCCAGAGGUGAACUUAUUUUGGAAAUAAGUUCUUGAGAUUGUUAGAAAUGCACCACUUAGUCCAUUACAGUUAUAGGAAAGAAGAGGUUAGUAUUCCCCUCAAUAAAGAUGGAAGCUCUCCUAGUGGCUUUUAAUACAUGCGCAUGAUUUAAGCCACAGGGGUCAGCAAACUUUUUCAGCCAUGGGCCGGUCCACUGUCCCUCAGACCUUGUAGAGGGCCGGACUAUAUUUUGAAAAGAAAAAAAAAUGAACGAAUUUCUAUGCCCCACAAAUAACUCAGAUAUGCAUUUUAAAUAAAAGCACACAUUCUACUCAUGUAGAAACAUGCUGAUUCCCGGACCGUCUGCGGGCCAGAUUGAGAAGGCGAUUGGGCCGGAUCCGGCCCCCGGGCCUUAGUUUGCCUACCCAUGAUUUAAGGCCUUGCCACGUAAUUUGUGGCCUUUAAUCAGUUGGGAAGAAGCUGUAGCAUAGAGCAAAUGUUUCAAAGGUAGAAACGUCCAGGUUCAGUUCCUGGCAUCUUGAAGCAAAUCAGCAAGCAGGUAACGUUUCUCUUUCUUCAGGUGGUGCCGAAGGAACGCCUCACCCUCCUUAAACAAAAGAGAGGAGACAGUGAAGCUAAGCCCGAGAAGCCAGCAGACAGCAAGAAGAUGCUGACUGCAGAGAAAGCUGAAGCAUCAGCUGCCACUGAGGAAUUAAAGGUUAGAAACAUCCUCUCCUGUUUUUCUAGGGCUCCGUAAGCCCUUGGCAUGCUGCACACAAAAAAAUUAGGAGAUUAUCUCUGUGAUGUUAGGGUGCCAAAAGGCAAGAAAGAGAUCUGAAAGCCUUUAUGAGGAGGGGGUGUAGUUCAGUUGGCAGAACAUCUCUUGUACGUUCCUGGGUUCAAUCCUCAACAUCUCCAAAAAGAAUUGGGAAUGUUCCCGGCCUGAGCCACUGGCCUUAAGUGUAGACAGUCCUGAGGUGCCUGGACCAAUGUCCUGAUUCGGUAUCAGGCAGCUUUCUGUAACUCUGGCAAAUAUUCCCACCUCUGCACCAGUGUUAGUGUUGCAAGUAUAUAUGGAAUGCCUGUGGCCCACUCAGAUUGUGUCCAAGAAUUGACAGACGCAGCAGUGGAGAAAAAGAAGGCAAAGUUUAUUGCUGAGCAGUAAAGACCCAGUGGAAUAGUUUCCAGAGCCUGGGCCCCGAAGCCCCUGUGCAUUGGGGUUUUAUACCUGAGUACAAACAGCAUAAAACAUGACAUAGUCGUAUGUUGCAGCAAAAAUCAAACCAAUGAGCGCACACAAGCUCUUCCUCUGCCCAUGUAAAGAAUACUUCUGCUUUCCUCUGAUGGUGCGUCAAUUUGCCCUUUACCCUAAUUUUCAGCAAUAAAGAGGAAAAGAAACCUAUUUGACCGUUGAAACCUGAAUAACCCCCACCAUCUGUUAUUGACUUAGAACAUUGCAUUGUGGCUGGCGGUUUUUUCCUGUUCCCUAACUCAGAGUCGGUCACGACUGGACCUAAUGGUCAGGGGUCCCUUUACCUUUACCUAACUCAGCCCGAUCUUGUGAGCCUGAGAAGCUGUCUGGAGAAAGAUCCCUAUAGAAAAAUGCCAAAACAUCAGAUUUAUUGUUUCCUUCAAGCACAGUAGCAGGGCAGAGAGAGAAAUAGGGCAGAGGGCAACUUUUGGAUUUUUAAGAUCUAAGCACUUUAGUUCUGCUGAAGCUUUAGCGAUUCAAACCUCAUUAGGAUACAUGGAUAUAUAAAAAUCAUCAUUAGGAUAUAUGGUUAUAUAUGGAUAUAUGAUUAUAUAGAAAUCAUAAGGGUAAAAUUCUUCCAGGUGGUCUUGCCACAUUAGAAAACUCAAAUAUAUAAGCUAGGCGUCAAACGGCUCCUUAAAAACCAGGGUUACAGUUGCCAAAACAGAACGCCUAGGUGCCAUUUCUGGGCCAGGCGGCUCGACAGUUGUAUUUUUCAAUGCAACGUUUGCGUUCCUGAAAUUCAUUCCAAUUGUGCAGAUAAAAUAUAGCAGAUAUAAUUCUACAGGAUGUGAAAACGGUCAAGAUCCAAUGAUCCCCAGGCAUUCACCUCCAGAUGGUGGAGACAUCAGGCGCCAUCCUGGCACCCUGGAAUCUUUACUCGGUUGCAAGUGGCCAAUAACCAGGUGCAAAAUACGCCUGGAGAAUUUCAAACGCUUCUUUGCACCAAUGCUGCUGGUUCCAGAGAUAACUGGAAAAGGACCUGUAGCUGGUUUUCCUCACCCCAGUUAGGCACAAUUCAACUUCUUGGAAUGGAAAUGCAAGGUAUCUUUCUAUUUGUGACGUCCUUCAGAGGCAAGCCAGACCGCCAUACCAGACUGGUUCUCCACCACUUCCCCAUCUUGAACCAAGGCGGUUAUGUCUCACCUCCUCCUUUAAAAAGAAAGCCUGGAAUAGGGCUUUAUAGAUUACUUAGUUGUCUUCACAGCAGAUGCUAUUUUUAGCGUUGAUAUUUUUGGCAUGCUCAGAUGUGAGCCAAGCACAUUCUUGUGUAAUUUAGGAUUUGAUAAUGCGUCCACGUAACUUCUGUCCAGAUACGCUUUAUAAAAAUAGCAGUUGUUUGCAUUUGAUGUCAUUUUAUUAGUCAUUGCUAAAAUUAUUUGGUCUGAGAGUAGCAAACUGUUUCAUCAGAAUUAUUGCAGAAGUUGCUUAUGAUUUAUCAACUCCUGCAGUAUAGAAGGAACUUUGGAAAUCGGACAUAAGCCUAACAACCAGCUAAACCAGUAAACGAUUCCUAUAGGCCCUUCGGAUGCUGUUGGACUCUGAAUCCCAUCAGCCACCCAGCCAGCACGGCCAUGGAUGAUGGGACUUGUAGUCCAGGAACGUCUGAAGGGCAACAGGUUCCACAUCUGUGAAGUAGGAGAUAAAACCUGGCCUAGCCACAUCUGGAAGGUUGCCCAUCCCUUGUGUAAGCUGUUAAAUGUAAUAACACUGUAAAACAAAAACACACCACAAAGCUGGUCCGAGGUGUGAGUGGUUCUACCUGGUGGUUUGCUUCAGACAGUGGACCAUUUUUCUGGGCUUAUCAGACAGCUUGUGUCUGAUUUCCAAGCUACUCAAAGUAUAUCUAUGUCACUGCAAGAUGCAGAGGUACAUGUACAUCGAGUUGAGGUGCUGGCCUGUGGAUUGUUUAAACCAUGGUUUCCUGUUACACCCAUACCAGGAAACUGAUUUAAUCCCCAGUUAUGAAACCAGGACUGAUUUCUAACUAGUAAUUCAGCCACGUGCCCAGUAAACCAUGGUUUCUGUCAGAGAAGGUGGAGCCUGUGACCGACAUUUGCACAAAUGGCAGACAGAAUAAUGCAAGCCGGAUUCAUAAGGGAACACUCCAUGAUGACCCUACUGCUGUUGCUUGCUGAAACCUUUUUAAACCACAGAAACUGCCUUGGUGAUCAGGAAUGUUAUUCCAAAUCAGAUCCUAAGGGUUUCAUUCUUUCUCCUUCCCACCUCCCAUUUUCAGCACGAGAAAUUGCAGGAGAGUCCGUUAGAUAUCAUAAGCGAGAAGGUUAAAGACGAAAGCAGCAGCGACGAACUGAUGAUCGAGGAUCCUACGGAAGAGGAAAGCGGAAACAGCAACGAGGUACUGAUCAGCCGGAGGGGUGGUUUUUCUUUAGGGUUGUGGCUAAAUUUUCCUGGAAAUACAGGCAGAAAUAUUUUCCUGGAAAUAAAGGAGGAAAAAAUUAUUCAGUAGUCCUUCCAAGACCAUCAGCAAUUUUCAAGUGGUCUGCUGGGGAAAGGGGGCAGGGAGUUUGGGAAUUUUGUUUGUCAGUGUUGACACCUUGAAUUGGGCUUGGCAACUGGCAAGCAGUUGCAGGAAUAAGCCAUGAUACAAUCAGUGCAAUCCCUGUUAAGGCUUCUGCACAUAUCACCACUAUGGGCCAAGAGUUUGAUGGCACAAUGAUUUUUAAUCUCUGCUAAACCAGCAUCCCAAGGCCAUUUGCGCGGAAGAGAAUACAACGAAUGCUUUUUAAACUUAAAGCCCUAACAAGUGGCCGCUUGUGGUGAAGACCCAUUUAGUCAGCCGGGAAAGACUGUUGGAACCAAAAUGAGAUUUGAUCGCUUCCAGGAAGUGGGUGCUUGUUGUAUCUCGACCAGAGUGCUAUUCCACAGAACAGGGGUUGCCACACUAAAAGCCCUGUGCCAGGUUACUCCUGAGGCCUUUGGGAAUUUUAGGAUAAAAACAUUCCUGCAGACUGCAGCGUGAUCUACUUGGGUGUAAAAGGGAUAAGGCAGUCUCCCAAGUAAAGUGGUCCUGAGCUGUAUGAGGGUCUUACAUGUUAGUACCAACACGUAUACAGUCAUACCUUGGAAGUCGAAUGGAAUCCGUUCCGGAAGUCCGUUUGACUUCCAAAACGUUCAGAAACCAAAGCACGGCUUCUGAUUGGCUGCAGGAAGCCCCUACAGCCAGUUGGAAGCCCCUUAGGACAUUUGUGUUCCAAAGAGCGUUCACAAACCGGAACACUCACUUCCAGGUUUGCGGCGUUUGGGAGCCACAACGUCUGAGUACCAUGGCAUUUGGGAUCCAAGGUACAACUGUAUAUCAUAGCUGAGGUGGCUGAAAAUGUGGAUAGACUUUGUGGCUAGGUUGGGAUGAAAACUGAAGAGGGACACUAGGAGAGUGUCUGGCCACACAAAUUCUUAAUCUUCAUAGUAACUGGAGCUGCAUAUUUCUUUAAAAAGGAAAUCCUCAAAAGGAGGAAGCGGCGGCCGUUGGUUUCUGUUGAUCUUAGUAAUUUUAUUCAUUGGAAGGUGUUGCUGGAUUCCGAAGCAAUGGACCUGAGGAAAGAGAAGAAGGAAGAAGAUGGAGAAGACGGAAACAGCAGUGAGGAGAUAGUGGUAAGGUUUUUGGGGGGGAUGGAGUUCAGUAGGGUAAACAGACUCAAUAGUUAAUCUGACACAGGUGGGCAGAUUCCUUAUUGACCCAAAACACGGAGCCAGACCGGCUAUCAUAAAUUACAGGGAUUGCUAGCAUACUGCCCAAGGAUGCCAGCCUGCCUGCCAGUACCUCCAGCAGUGGCACCUGCAAAAGGCCUUUGUAAAUAUCCCCUGAAAAAUCCACAAUGUACAGGAGACCCUUUGCUCUUCUUGCCAAAUUCCUGUUGCACUGCCUCAGCUUCUCCUAAAUUAAAAACUCCCUCUUAAACGUGCCCACAUUUCAUUGGAUGAGAGGACUGGGCUCCUUCCCUUCUGCGCUGAACAGGGGAGAGGUGCAAAGAGCUUCUCCCUGUGACUGGCGGGGGUUGAUGUGGGUGCCUCUUCCCCCAUUGAUUGGGGGGCAUUCCCACAUCAUCUUGGGGUCCUGUUUCUUUUUUUUGCUCAUCAGUGUUACACCAUGCCACCAUGGCGGCCAUUUUGUGACUGGUGCCCCCGGCACUUUCUCAACCUCUUUAAUAUCUAUAUAUUUAUUAUCUAUAUAUUUUAAAAAGGAGAAAGAAAAUGUGUUACUACUGCAGUAACUGUCCAGUUAUUAUCCAGUGUCAGUGAGUUCCACAGCUGCUGUCCAUUUUUAUUAGCUCCUUUUUCCAAACGAACAUUAAAAACAAGUGCAAGAGAACAAUCUAAAAUUUUCACCCAGAACCUCCAUACAGGUUUGUGUCCCGGGAAGGUCACUUUGGUACUGCGGUUUGACUGCACCCCUGGAGGUGCACUCCAUUGCCUCUUGGGACAGAGGCCAACAACCUGCUGCCUGUUGCUCCUGCUGGGCUCUCAUUUUUUGUAAGAAAAUGAACAAUUUUUCCCUGUACAGCUCAUGGUUUGUGCCUUCUCUCUCUCUCUCUCUCUCUCUCUCUCUCUCUCUCCCUCCCCCUCUCUCCCUCUCUCCACCUCCGCCAACACUCUGCCUUUGUAGGAUUCGGGAAGCAUUGAAAUCAGGUAAGAAUCCACCUGCUUUAGGGCUUUUUUCCCAGAGGUGGGGGUGGGAAUCGUCAUACUUGUGUACAUCUGACGCCUCAUCCGUACCAUACAUUCAAAGCAGUAUUGUGCCAAUUUACACAGUCACGGCUUCCCCCAAAGAAUCCUGGGAAGUGAAAUUAAUGGGCCUACAAUAGCCAUGUCCAUUAAGAGCCAGCAUAGGGUGUUGGGGCCUGGGAAAUCAGGGUCGAGUCGUAAGAUAAGAACGACCUACGACCUUCCAGGUGUUGCUGGAAUCCCAGUUUGCCACCAUCUCUGGCCAUGCUGGCUGGGGCCAGUGGGAGUCCAGCCUUACCCCUGUUGCCCAUCUUUCCUGCAAAGAGCGGAAAAAUAAAACACUUCUCUGAGGUAUUUUGUGCUGAAGGUCAUGACAGGGAUAUGAACCCAGAACCUCUUGUGCAUUAAGGAGGCUUUCUAUUAAUGUAGAGUCUUUUUCUGCUGUUCAAACUUAAAGCUAUUUACAUGCUUCAUUUUCUGUUUACGUAUUCCCCCACUCCUCUCUCCCACUGCCUCAUACUCCUCAGGGAAGAAGAGGACACUCUGGCGCAGAGACUUGAGGAGCUCAAACGGAAAUACGGUGAUCUCUGUCAGAACAGCCCUGCUUUCCAGGAGAUGAUGCUGAGACUCAAAGGUCUGCAUCUUCCACUCAGCGUUGGGCAGACAGACAUUUGUUUAUUAAGGGUUUGGGGAUUUUUAGCUCUGAAGGGGGAACAAGGGUCCCAGGGUGGGUGCCCUUUAAAUGCAUGUCCCUUAGCUGCUUAGAUCUCUCUUUGCGGUGAGCUGCCUAGUUUGCUUCCUCUUUUAUUUGAAACAUUUUUGCUCCACUCUUUAGUCAAAAAUGCUCAAGAGUGACUUGGAAAGAUCAGUCGUAAGAGGGUCGGCCCUCAAUCCGAAAAACACAACGCAUGUGGAAAAAGUGAUGGGGAGGGGGGAAGGAAAAAAGCAACUGCACCUGUUCCUUGAAGUUGCAGUUCUUAUAAUGACUAGCUCAGAUAGAUAAUUACUAUUUAUACCCCACCCAUCCGGCUGGGUUUCCCAUCCUCUGUGGGCGGCUCCCAACAGAAUAUUAAAAACACAAUCAAACAUUAAAAAAUUCCCUAAACAGGGCUGUCUUCAGGUGUCUUCUAAAAGUCAGAUAGUUGUUUAUCUCCUUGACAUCCAUGGGGGAGGUGUUCUACAGGGCGGGUGCCACUACUGAGAAGGCCCUCUGCCUGGUUCCCUAUAGCCUCACUUCUCACAGGGAGGGAACCGCCAGAAGGCCCUCGGAGCUGGACCUCAGUGUCUGGGCUGAACGAAAUAGAAAAAUUCCUUCCUGUAGCACCUUAAAGACCAACUAAGUUAGUUCUUGGUAUAAGCUUUCGUGUGCAAGCACACUUCUUCAGAUACACUGCUACACUGGGCUGAACGAGUUCGGGUAGCUUGAUGGAUUGGCUGCUAGUUGAUGUCAGUUCAAGGAUGGCCAAAUGCAGUCAGACUUCCUCAGCAGCGGUGAUGGAGUAGCCUAAUGGACUGGCUGCCACUAGGUAAUUUAAUUUAAGUUGCCAGCUUGAUUUCAGUUCUAUCUUUGCAGCAGGAGUAGAUCUGCUGAAAUGAGUGGACCUCAUACUUAGCCGCUUUCGUAGAUUUCAGUGGGUCUGAAACGCAACCCAUGAGGACUAGAACCUUGCUUCCAAACGGCGCCUGCAAUAAUAUCUACCUUUGCUUAGCCAAAUCUGCUGCUGCUGCUGCUCCGUUUCAUGAAUUCUCUCCCUGUCUUAACGCUCUCAUUCCUGCAGCCGGCUGGUUAGGCCACAGCAAGGAAGGGGAGCCUUCUCUGGGGAGCUCGGAGCGGCUGCAGCUGAACCGGAUGAUGUGGGGGGGAGACGAGGUCAGCUUCCCCCGGGGGGACGGCCAGGCCGGAGCAUCCGAGGGCCACUCUCUGGACAGCCGGGGACCAAUUUCCAUCCCUUUCGGCAGGGGCUUCUUCGACUUCAGCGAGUUUGCCGUGCAGCAGAGCUUCUUGCAGAAGAAGGGUCUCCCAGAGGUCGCGAAGGGCUAUGGGGUGGUGGGCCUGAGCCCGGGCGCCGCGAAACCCCCGCCGGCCGAGAAGCCCUACAAGUGCAACGAGUGCGGGAAGAGCUUUGGCAAGCGGUCGACGCUGAACACGCACGGGCGGACGCACACGGGCGAGAAGCCCUUCAAGUGCUCCCACUGCGACAAGCGCUUCAGCCAGAGCUCCCACCUGCAGCUGCACGAGCGGACCCACACCGGCGAGAAGCCCUACAAGUGCCUCCUGUGCGAGAAGAGCUACAACCAGCGCUCCAGCCUCAUCAUCCACGAGCGCAGCCACACCGGGGAGAAGCCGUACACCUGCCUCGAGUGCGGGAAGAGCUUCAGCCAGAAGGCCACGCUGGUCCUGCACGAGAAGAGCCACCGGGGCGAGAAGCCCUACAAGUGCCUGGAGUGCGGCAAGGGCUUCAGCCUGAGUGCUGACCUCAUCCGCCACCAGAGCAUCCACACCGGGGAGAAGCCGUACACCUGCUCCGAGUGCGGGAAGAGCUUCAGCCAGAACUCGCACCUCAUGGCCCACAUCCGGACCCACACGGGCGAGAAGCCCCACAAGUGCCUGGAGUGCGGCAAGGGCUUCAACUGGACCUCGGAGCUCGUCGCCCACGAGCGGACCCACACGGGCGAGAAGCCCUACCAGUGCCUCUACUGCGAGAAGAGCUUCAGCGUGCGCUCCAGCCUCAGCAAGCACGAGCGGACCCACACCGGCGAGAAGCCCUACAUCUGCCUGCAGUGCGGCAAGGGCUUCAUCCAGCGCUCCAGCCUGGUGGCGCACGAGCGCUCCCACACCGGCGAGAAGCCCUACAUGUGCCUGGGCUGCGGGAAGUGCUUCCGCGAGAGCUCCCAGCUCAUCGCCCACGAGCGGACCCACACCAGCGAGAAGCCCUACGUCUGCCCCGAGUGCGGGAGCUGCUUCAAGGCCAAGGCGGCCCUCAUCCGGCACCAGCGUUGCCACCUGGGCCUCAACUCUUUCAUAUGCGCGGACUGCGGGAAGAUCUUCUCGUCGGCCGCCGAGAGCCCGGAGAAAUGCCCCGAGUGCGUCAACCUGGGCCUAAUGGCCGACCUCACACAAGCCUCCGGAGAGGCCUACCUAGAGGGGGCAGAAGGAGAAGGAGGAGAAGACGGAAGUGAGGUGAAGAUAUGA